AUGGAAAAGGGCGAACCCCAACAUGGCAACAUCUCAUCAACUGCUCCAAUAGGACUUACUAAUGAGGCAGGAGCUGCUAUUCCAGCCACGAGUACUGAUGGUCUGUAUGCCACCGUCAGUCACAAUGUCCAUGAACAGAGGAUGGAAAAUGACCAACCACAACAGGAUAACGUCUGGCCAAAUAUUCUAGCAUGGUUUAAUAAUAUGGCAGGAGCUGGUAUUCCAGCAAUGAGUACCAGGGAUCUGUAUGGUACCAUCUCUCACAAUGUACAUGAAGAGAAGAUGGAAAAUGGCCCAUCCCAAACUGGUUUUACCAUUGCUCAAAAUGUCUGUGAAGAAAAGAUAAAAAGUGACAAAACAACACCUCAUGAAUUCUUGUCAACUAUUACAGCAGGGCUUAGGAACUUCACAGAAGCAGAUGCUGCAGUCACUCACAAUAUCCCUGAAGCAAAGGUAAAUAAUGGCCAACUAGCACCUCACAACGUCUCGUCAGCUGCUCCAGCAGGUCUUGGUAAUAUGGCGGCAGCUGGAAUUUCAUCCACGAGGACCAGAGGUGCUACUGUCACUCAAAAUGUCCACAAAGAGAAGAUGAGAAAUACACAACCAACACCUAAUAACGUCUUAUCAACUGUUCUACCAGAACAUCUUUAUUUGGCAACAGCUGGUCUCCCAGCCAUGAGCACCAGGGGUCAGUAUUCUACCAUCACUCACAAUGUCCAUGAGGAGAAGAUUAAAAAUGCCCAAACGGCAGCCAAUAAUGUCUUCUCAGGUAUUCCACCAGCACGUAAUAAUAUGGCAGCAGCUGGUGUUUCUUCUAUGAGUACCAGGAAUCAGUAUGCUGCAGUCACUCAUGCAAUCCUUGAAGAGAAGAUAAAUAACGGCCAAUCAGCACCUGAUAACCUCUUGUCAACUGCUCCACCAGGUCUUGCUAAUAUGGCAGCAGCUGGACUUUCAUCUACGAGGACCGGAGAUCUGUAUGCUACCAUCAUUCAAAAUGUCUGCAAAGAGAAGAUGGAAAAUAACCAACCAACACUUAAUAACGCCUUGUCAACUGUUCUCCAAGGACUUCCUUAUUUGGCAACAGCUGGUCUCCCAGCCAUGAGCACCAGGGAUCAGUAUGCUGCAGUCACUCACAAUGUCCGUGAAGCAAAGAUAAAUAACGGCCAACUACCACCUGACAACGUCUUGUCAGCUGCUCCACCAGGUCUUGGUAGUAUGGCAGCAGCUGGAAUUUCAUCCACGUGGAACACAGAUGCUACCAUCACUCAAAAUGUCUGCAAAGAGAAGAUGGAAAAUAACCAACCAACGCCUAAUAACGUCUUGUCAACUGUUCUCCAAGGUCUUCCUUAUUUGGCAACAGCUGGUCUCCCAGCCAUGAGCACCAGGGAUCAGUAUUCUACCAUCACUCACAAUGUCCAUGAGGAGAAGAUUAAAAAUGCACAAACAGCACCCAAUAAUGUUUUCUCAGCAAUUCCACCAGCACAUAUUAAUAUGGCAGCAGCGGGUGUUUCGUCCAUGAGUACCAGGGAUCAGUAUGCUGCGAUCACUCACAACGUCUAUGAAGCAAAGAUAAAUAAUGUCCAACUAGCACCUGAUAGCAUAUUGUCAACUGCUCCACCAGGGCUUGGUAAUUUGGCAGCAGCUGGAAUUUCAUCCACGAAGACCAGAGAUCUAUAUGCUACCAUCACUCAAAAUGUCCGCAAAGAGAAGAUGGAAAAUAACCAACCAACACUUAAUAACGUCUUGUCAACUGUUCUCCAAGGACUUCCUUAUUUGGCAACAGCUGGUCUCCCAGCCAUGAGCACCAGGGAUCAGUGUAUGUUUGCUUAUUCAUUUGGACUAUCCUACUUGGUUUUCAUAGGCAUGCCUAGUGUCCUGAACGGGAGAAGGUGA